GACACAGACCAUUUCUCAAACAAUGAAUGGCUUUUGUACUCAGCUCAAGUUAUUGACCACUUCAGGUGGGUUCGAGAAUGUCCUGUCACCUGUUAACGAAUUCACAACUCCCAAAAAAAGAAUUAGAGCAGAAGGGAAUGCAGGUUGACAAGUAUAAGGAAGAGAUGGAAGUGAAGGAGAAAAACAACCAGGUCUUGGUUAUGAGUUUGCAAAGUAUCAUGAAAAAAAGCCCACAAACAUGAAGGAAUGCAAGAGCAGCUACAUUCCAUUAGAAGAGGUCUUGAUGAGAAAAAGAAACACUGCGCUGAAAAAGAUAAAUUGGUCGAGGAACUGAAAAAGAAAAACGACGACUGCCAGCGGUCUUGCCACGAAGCACGCAAAAAGGUCAAUAUUGCGAACGGCAACAUUGAUAAACUACAGAAAAAAAUUAAAGAGCAAGACAAAACGAUAGAAACAAUGAAAGGGCUCAUGCUGAGCUUGAAACACUUUUAUCGGAAAGCAAAAACGCAGCAAAACGGACGACGGAGACCAACGUAUUUUGGCAGCAGUCACUCCAGGAAAAUCAAAAACAACUCCAGAAAAUUGAAGGUUUAUUAAUACGGAGCCACCAGGAGGAUGAAGAUCAAAUGUAUGGCGUGCAGAUCUAUUUGAAAUGAUUUACUUACCAGUCAUGUCAUUCUAGGGUCCAGAAAUUCAACGCC